UCGUUCGGUAGUUAGUUUGGUUUAGGGCUGGUAAGGUUUUGUAGAGGGAAAAACCAAGGAAAACCAGGGAGGGAGAAGGAGGGGAGAAAGGGGAAGCCAUGAGUCGGAGCUUGGGAAUACCCGUAAAGCUACUUCACGAAGCGGCAGGCCAUAUAGUGACAGUCGAGCUGAAGAGCGGAGAGCUCUACAGAGGUGGCAUGAUCGAAUGCGAAGAUAACUGGAAUUGCCAGCUCGAAAAUAUCACCUUCACUGCCAAGGAUGGGAAGGUCUCAGAACUUGAGCAUGUUUUCAUCCGAGGUAGCAAAGUCAGGUUUAUGGUCAUACCUGACAUGCUGAAGAAUGCUCCGAUGUUCAGGCGGCUUGAUGCUAGAAUCAAGGGGAAGGGCUCAGCUCUUGGAGUUGGUCGUGGUCGUGCUGUUGCAAUGCGGGCCAGGGCUCAGGCUGGUGGACGUGGUGCUCCUCCCGGUAGGGGUGUUGUGCCACCUGUACGGAGGUAAUCUGUAAUUUGAAAAGGAGUCCUGGCCACUUACUUCCUCGAUGGGGAGUUCCGUUCUCAAAAGUAUUCCGUCUUCGAUGGCCUAAGAAGAGGUGGUUGCAAGUAAAUGGUGGUGCAAUAAAAUGGUUUAUUCUUAGUCGAUGUCAUCUGAUUUUCACCCGAUGAUUAUCUGGUUCAUCUGGAACCAAUGACAAUCUAAAUUUUGGUUGCACCACUUUGUGUUUUUGCCUGUGUACUCCAAUAGAAUGUUCUUAUACACUCUGCUGAAAUGUUAUGGAAUAGUUUACUGGUAUAGAAUUGAAAUUGUCUUGACC